UCAAACCACACCUCAUCACCAAAAAGGAAUUGAAAGGACAGCGGCACAACUUGAAGUGGAAGUUGGCCAUCCCGUCUCGUAGUGGUGAGGCACUGCAUGUCACCCGAGGCACUAGCCACCGUUACUCUCUGUCAUAUUUUGACGAGUUGUUCUGUCGCUCCCCAGCACCCGACAACCCUAAUUCAGGAAGUGCUCUGGGACGUUGAGCUGCCCCUGCUUCAGUUUCUCACCUGAAGCUGCUCCCUGUACACUCAUACUAUCGACAUCGCGAUUGACCACACCGAGUCACCACUCAACAUACUGGUCCGAGCCACCGCACGCCGCCGGCCCAUAUUCCCCAACCUCGGCUCUCUCGGACCGUCCAGUUGGAGACGUGGCUUCAUGGCGGCUUCAAAGAAAGUUUGCAUUGUUGGUGCUGGCCCGUCUGGUUUAGUUGCAGCCAAGUCACUCCUCCAUGACCAGCCCAAGGGGACCUUCGAUGUCACCAUUUUCGAAGCGCAGAACCGUGUGGGCGGUCUUUGGCCGUCGAGGAAGGACGACAACGCCGGCUCGGUUCACCCGCUCAUGGUAGCUAACCAGAGCAAACAUACCGUCCAGUUCAGCGACCUGGCAUGGCCCGAUGACGCCCCCGAAUUUCCCAGAGCUUGGCACAUUGGGCGCUAUCUUGAGGCAUACCAUGAUCGAUACUGCCGGGACGCCAAACUCCACCUUGGCAAGCGCGUCGUUCACUCUGAACUGCUUCAACCCUCUGACCAAAGUGUCGAGGGAGCCAAGUGGAAGGUCCGGACAUGCUCUCAAGAUGGUCAACAGCUCGACCAUAUGUUCGACUACCUACUGGUCGCAUCUGGUUUCUUCGGCAAACCGGUCAUACCUCCACCAGUGGCCGCUAGUGGUGAUAUACCGGUGGUCCACAGCAGUCAGUACCGGACUCUCAGCGCCUUACUCGAGCAGACAAAAGGUGUCGGGCGCAAGAUCGUGGUGGUCGGAGGCCAAAUGUCGGGUGUCGAGAUAGCCGGUACUAUCGCAACCCACCUCUCCUCGGCAUUGCACGCGCCUGGCUCGAGCCCGCUUCAGCACUUGGACCAGUACUCGAUUCACCAUAUUUCCCAGAGGCCUGUAUGGGUCUUUCCACUCUUUACCUCACCAAAGCCCGCGUCGCCCGCACCGCCCUUCUUGCCCAUGGAUCUCUGUUCAUAUAAUUUGGCCAACAGACCGGAUAAUCUGACCAAUAUGCAAGGCCAUGUCUCGAUAGAGGCGGCAAAGACACGUCACUCAAUCUUUGAAACAAUGCUAGGGACUGAUCAAUCUGACUUCUCAUCCAGUCUGGCCAUUACAAACACCGACACGGACCAGCCCCCUUAUCUGGCCGUUAGUGACACUUAUGCAGACUUUGUCCGCAGCGGGCUCAUCUCGGUGUCACGUGGAAAACUAGACUCGCUGACCGGCGAUACUGUCACCGUCACAACAACUCGGGGAGAGGUAAGCAAAAUCGACAAUGUUGCGGCAGUAGUGCUCGCAACUGGCUUCGAGGCAGCAUCGUCCAUCUCUUUCCUGCCGUCCUCUGUUCAAGAGAUCUUGUCGGUGGUGCCCUCUGACCUGAACACUACUGUUGCCUUGGCCUUCCACGGUACCCAUCAUCCGGCAAUUCCCUUCUUGGGGUUUGUGGGUUUCUACCGAUCACCUUAUUGGGGUGUCAUGGAGAUGCAAGCCCGCUUUGUCACAGCUUUGUGGGCGGCCGGAGGACCUGCUUCUUCGUCACUUCCUCCCAGGAUGGCUGCAGCUCUUGGUGAAGAUGAUUCCAUUGAGCGGACUUUGGCUCUGCGAACUGAUCCUCGAGUUUCUCAGUUUCCCAUGGGCGAUUACCCGUGGCUCAUGCAAGAGUUUUCGAGGGCUCUAGAAAUUGACCGCAUACCACCGUUGGGGGAAAUGCCCAGAGUUCCACCAGCUGACCAGAGCAUGAACAUCCUGACACCAGCACGCUAUCCCGCAAAACGAGCAAGUGAGGCACAACGUACAGAAGCCACAAAGUCCAUUCAGCAGACUGAGAGCACAGCAUGGUCUGGUGCUUCCUCGGCAAGGUUUGUUGCAAAAGCCGUCUUCCGUUCCCUUUUAGGGGAAUGGAAGCUUGAGAGGGAUCUUGUGAGUCGUCUUCCCACUCACCCGAGCGGGCAUUUCAGUGGUACUGCCCGGUUCCUGCUCAGGGAACGUACAAGAGACGGACGUGAAGCCGAGCACGAUGCUGCUUUGGAAAAAGAUGACGAUAUCGGGUUGGAGUAUCUCUACGUUGAGGAAGGAAUGUUCACUGCCUCUAACGGCUUCUCUUUCCGUGCUACGAGGAGAUAUGUUUGGAGGUAUGAUGAAAAGAAAGACAAGCUGAGCGUCUGGUUCGUCAAGACGGACGAUCAAAAGAAGGCGGAUUAUCUGUUCCACCAAGUGGAGUUCGUCAUUCCGAACACAGAGACCGAGGAUGCACCCCAAGCAUGGCGAGCAAACGCUGGGCAUCUAUGCAUCGACGACUUUUACGACGUCGACUACCGCUUCAACUUCAAGGCCGUCAACCUCAAAGAUUGGUCUCUAGCCUACCGAGUCAAGGGGCCGAAGAAAGACUAUGUGAUUGAGGGGACCUACACACGGUGAAUCGGCGAUUGGGAUUGUCACAUGGGAAGCAAAGGGCAGCGUGGUAAUGGGACCCAUAGUAGCGAGCCACAAAUGAUGCUAUCACAGAUUCUUGGUGCAAGUUAGCCUCGAGUGUCAAGAAAACAGCAAGAAGGUUUGGGUUGACAUGUAGUCCAUGUACCCACAUGCGCAUACAUACAGGUAGGUGGAUGGAAGUGCCGAGAGUUGUGAUAGUGCCACAACCAAUAUCACCUUCCACCCAGCAACCUGCUCAGUGGCGAUGGAAUUUUAAGAGAUGCGAUAAAUGCGGUGGCUUUCAGGCCAUUCGUCGUCUAGAAGGCUGCAACGAGCCACCCAGGACAGGCGUGCAGUUGAUGUUUGCUUUCCCGUAGCUGUCUUCCCGAGCGCAAUCAGAUGUUUGGCCAAUGAAGCCAAAUUGCUAAACACAUAACG